CUUCACCCUGACGCCAGCUUCCACCAGCACCACCACCAAAAUGUUCUCUUCCUCCAGAGAUGCCCAAACCCCAAAUCGACGUCCUACAUUCUCCCACGCGUCGUCAUCCGGGGGCUCGACGAUGCGUACCGUCGAUGUGGUCACGCACUCGUGUCUCUCCCCCCUCUCGACGCUACAGAGGUGACCCCACUACUAAUGCUCUGUAACUGCACUGCAGCAGCGGUCACCUGCAGUUCUGAGAGCUCCAACCGUUUGAUUUCUGCGGAAAUUUUCUGAACUGUGGCCUUUUCAGAGGUUUUCUUUGAAAUCGCGUCCGGAACUGAAGCUUUUUGAAGAGUUUUUCUUACUGGGUUUUGCUCAAAACGUUGAACUCAUGAAGGGUUAUUGAGAAUUCAACUCCAACUACCGCUUCUUCUUUUUUUUUCUUUCUGCGGUUUUUCUUAGAGUGAACCCAUGUUGUGUUUUUGAGAAUUCAGCACAUAAGACUUCCUUUUGAGGGCUGCUUCAGAGGCCCCGUCUGAUGUCUGCAGGAAUUUUAUCGCAAAGUGUGGCUUUUUCCGAGUUUUUCUUAGAGGGUUUUGCUGUAAAGGCUGAGCUCAUGAAAGGAUAUUGAGAAUUCAACAGCAAAAACUACCUUUUCAGUUGGUGAAGAGUUUUUGAGAAUUCAACGUCAAACGCUCCUCUUGAGAAUGGAAUCGGGUGUGGCGCAGACUCCGGCAACGGCGACGGUGACAGCUGCGGCAACGGCGACGGCGACGGCGCCAACUGUGGCGACCAAGAACCCCGAUAAGAGCAAGAGAGAUGAGUGGAGCGAAGGUGGGGUCACAAGCCUGUUGGAUGUGUACGAAUCCAAAUGGUUGCUGCGAAAUCGAGCGAAAUUGAAGGGAACUGAUUGGGAGGACAUUGCCCAGCAAGUUUCUAUAAGAGACAGUGGGAUGAAAGCCCUGAAAACCCCCAAUCAAUGCAAGAACAAGAUCGAGUCCAUGAAGAAACGGUAUCGCAUUGAAUCUUCGGUGAAUGGUCCUGGUUCUUCAUGGCAAUUCUAUGGCAGAAUGGAUGGUUUGUUGAAAGGAACGUCCGUCCAAAAUAGGGGCGGAGAUGUCGGUUUUGGUAAUGGGGUGGCAGAGGAUGCGCCGGUGGCAGCACCAAAGGUGGUGGUGGAUGAUUCCGAGAAUGAUCCAAGGAGAGUUUAUGCUCAGGUUGUUGAAAAAGGUCGAAAUUGUGAGACGGCCGAUUUACAAGGAGAGAAUCAUAUACAGGGUAGUCAUCAGAAUGAUGGGUCAAACACUGUCGGAGAUGAUAGUGAAUUCAGUGCCCCAAAGAGCAAAAUAGGCAAUGUAGGAGAUGGGUCCCGAAAAGUGAAUCCAUUUAAGCGGAGGAAAGGACUAGGGAGCGAGGUUGCAGAGAGUAUUAGGUUGUUGGCUCAUUCAAUGUUGAAGAUUGAGCAGGCACGGAUGGAAAUGUAUAAGGACUCAGAACGGUUGAGGGUGGAGGCAGAGGUUAGGAGGGCAGAAAUGGAGCUUAAGAGGACAGAGAUAAUUGCAAAAACUCAGCUGCAGAUUGCCAGACUUUUUGUUAAGAGACAGCGAAAGGAGGACGGUAAAAGUGGGACUUCUGCUUUGAUUGCUGAACCGAUGGUGUCAGUGGAGACUGAAGAAAAAAAUGAUUGGAUUAUUUGAAAGAGGUCUAUGGGAUUGUAUGGGUUCUUGUACAUAUUUAGUCUUGUAUUGGAAUCCAAAAGGAUGACAGCAAUUGUGUGAUUAGAAAGAGAAAUAUCUGCAGAGUACAGGCUAUACAUAUGGGACCGGAAAAUGCUAGUCCUUUGGGAAAUUUUCAAGCUUUAGCAGAUGGGACAAAACUAUUUUCAAUUUGCAAGAGGUUAUAGUAGCUGAGAUUGAUGGAAGGGAAUAUAAACCAUCUAAGUCAAAUGUUUGGGCUGAAAUUUUUGGAGCACCAGAUGUCUUUGUUUUGUCAUGGUUAGGCCCAGGGUGUUCCAAAUAAAGCUCUGUAAGUGGUUAUAGUGAUUCUAUGUAGAGCAUGAUUCUGUGUGAUGUAUUUUACUGUUUAUAUAUAAUAUACUUUGGCCUCUUUACUUAUCAA